CAUUGUUCUCCAUCAGUCGAUAAUUCAUUCGCCUUUCUUCUCCCGCCUCACUGCAUCGCUCCCAACACCAUCGUCUGUAAUACCCGCCACGUCACUUCCCUCGAGAUACCAUCGACGCAUCAUCAUCCUCCACCACACGAAUCCCCGACCUCCUUGCACCCGAAGCUUGCCCGUCUUCUCCAAACGCCAUUGAACAAGCCCCUGCAGCAGGCCCUCGUCGACUCGCCUGCCCGUACGCCCGCCCGCCCGCCCGCCGCCGCCAUCCCGACCUCAUCGCGAACUACUCACCCGUCCGUCCCAGCCGCCACAACUGCGACCAGAUCUUCAAACCAAGGUGCCGCCGCCCUUGCAGAACCGAGGGAUUGAAGAAGUACCUAUUUUUCAGCCCGGAAGCCGUCGAAAGCAGUCCCCAUGGAUAACAACCUAUGGACCCGCCGCACAAACUCUGGCAAGCUUUCACUCUCGACAAAUGGCAGUCCCGCGCCGGGCGGUGAUGCUGCUGGUCGUAACGGCUCCUUCGCCAAGCGAUUCGGCGGCGACACGUCCUCACACGGCGGAAAAUCAAAUCCCUUCAACAACGUAACGACCCCCAGCGCCGGCGGCAUGGCGUCGCCCACGGCCGCCGCCGCCAACGCUUUCGGCCUGGGCUCCGGCGCCUUUGCCUCCUUCGGAUCCGCCAAGACGCCCAAAUCCCCAGGCAACCCGUUCGACCUCGCCAUGGGCAAGAUCGGCGCGAAGCCGGGCGGCGUGACGUCGUCGCACGAUCCGGCGGCCAAGGCUCCGUCCGUCGCCUCCAUCCCCGAGAAGAAGGCCCUGGGCUCCCAGCCCGUCUCGGCCAGGACAUCCUCUGAGACGCUUCGCGUCCAUCCGCUCAAGUACGAGUGGGUGACGUGGUGCCGGCCGCCUCAGCCCAAGGGCCAGCCGUACCAGGAGUACGCUAAGUCGCUGACGCCCAUGAUCCACUGCAACACCGUCGAGGAGUUUUGGAUUGGCUACCCUCAUCUCAAGCGUCCAUCUGAGCUGUCAGUUGGCUGGGAAUACCAUUUCUUCAAACGGGGCAUCCGACCCAUCUGGGAAGAUGAGGAGAACAGGAGCGGCGGCAAGUGGGUGCUGCGCCUUAAGAAGGGCAUCGUCGACCGGUACUGGGAGGACACCGUGUUUGCCCUCCUUGGCGAGGCUUUCAUCGACGCCAGUGAGGAGGUCUGUGGCGGUGUUGUUAGCGUCCGCAACGGCGAGGACAUCAUCAGUAUCUGGACGCGCUCGACUGGCGGCCGCGUGCUGCGGAUCCGUGAAACGUGGAAGUCGUACCUCAAGUGCCCUCCCAACACGCAGUUCGAGUUCAAGUCUCAUGACGAGAGCAUCCAGCACCGCGCCGCCAUCGAGGAGUCACGUCGCGAGAAGCAGCACGACAAGCGCGGCAAGCAGGCCACCGAAGAGCAGAAAACCGCCGCAUCCUGAGCACCACCUGCCACGGAACGCGACCCUCUUGCAUUUUUUCCAAGCCAUCUUUGAUGUUUAUUUGUACACUAUCAGAUCCCCUGCGGCGGAUCUCCAUAGCAUUCGGGUUGAAACUCUGACAAAAAUACACCUUGUUGGGAUGAGGAAUAUCGGGGUUUGGACAUAUGGAGUGCCGAAAGGCCCCCUUUUUCUGGAUUGUCAAUCUCGGAGACGGGAUCGAAAGUGACGGGUGCGGCGGAAUGGGCAGCGAUCAACGUCGUUUAGCGGUCACGUUGUUUUAUGGAUUGCGACGGGCGGUACUGGAAUUGGUUUGAUCCUCCGAGGUGUAUACUACUGCGAUCUGAGCGCACGGCGCAUGCCGGCUGCGCGAUAUCUGACCGGAUGAUAGUCCCAAUGACUACGAAUGAGCCAGCUCGAUCUCUGUCUCGAUGUGAUGGUGCCGGUGUUCGCCACCUGGCUUGUA